AUGAGACUAGGAAGAGAGGGUAACGAAGGAGCCACCAUUGCUCAUCCGCCGACUGAUCCUCACCUAGCGGCAUCGAAUUCCGAUCAUGAUCGAGUUCUGUCGGCAAUGCCCCAAGACAAUAGCGGUCUGGUUGGCAUCAGUGGCAACUCCUCCGGUUCGACCGGGAAGGGCAUUCUGAUUGGCGUCCUGUCCGCUUUUGGCUCAGCAGCCGUUGCAGUCCUUGUUCUCGCGGUCUUCUUUUUCUUCAAGUACACUCAGCGCGGUAGGAUCAUACUCGAUCGCAUCGGCCGACCCGGUGAGUUCGACGAUGAACAGGCGUUCUUGCGCGAGGAAGCGGAGGCUCUGGAAACCAUGGAUGAUUUGUCGCGGUCGGAAUACUUGCGAGCAAAAGCGUUUAUCGAGGCCAACCCACCCGAGUCUACGCAAACCGACAUCUCGCUGUCUCAGUUCCUCGCGAUCCAAGAAAAAGGAGUAUCGGCCUGGGAGUUUCAACCCGAACUAGAGAUCGCCAACUGCUUUGUCGAGGGUAGGACUGAGAUUGAGUUCUAUGAUUCAGAAUGCAGUGUCCAGACCAACCUGCCGGUUCCGAAACAGAAUGACGUAUAUUACUGGGAGGCUAAGAUCUAUGAUAAGCCGGAGAACACCCUCAUCAGUAUUGGCAUGACCACGAAACCGUACCCUCUGUUCAAAUUACCAGGGUAUCACAAAUCCUCGGUCGCAUAUCAGUCAACAGGUCACAGGAGAUACAAUCAGCCUUUCGCUCCAACGCCUUAUGGUCCCCCGCUUCUCCAAGGCGACGUUAUUGGUGUUGGGUAUCGACCGCGCUCAGGCACGAUUUUCUUCACUCGCAACGGCAAGAAGCUAGAAGAUGUGGCGCACGGACAAAAAUCCCAAAACUUCUUCCCGACGGUUGGGGCCAACGGACCCUGCACCGUGCAUGUGAACUUUGGCCAGAUGGGUUUCGUUUUUAUCGAAGCGAAUGUCAAAAAAUGGGGUCUAGCUCCGAUGACCGGCAGCCUGGCGCCGCCGCCUCCUUAUGGGAGCGAACAGGGCAGCAUCCUUCUCGAAUCUGGUCGAGAAAGUGCUGCGCAGAUAUCACAGCGAGUAUACCAAGACGCCAAUAAUGCACGAACCAGCUCUACCCUCAGGUUCGGUCCAUCCGUUAGCCCGGGUCCCGUGCGUUCUCCGACCGAUAUCUCUCUCGCCCAACUCGCUCACAUACCCUCCCACGAAGAUGUUGGUGAAGGCUCAAGUCGUACCAAUGCUGGAGACACUGAGCAGGCACCCUUGUUGAACACGGACGAUCUCGAUCAGGUUCCACCUCCGGAGUACUCGAGCCCAGAUGGCAGCCGAAGAGGUGGCGAUGAUAUCCCUUUCGAGGAUCAGCCUCCGAUACCAAGCUACGAUGCUGCGGUCGGCAACCGUAAUGAUCACGAUCCUUACACGGAUGAAGGUCAUUGA